AGCUUAAAACAAGAUGUCGCUGAAACUGCCAUUUCUGUUUUUCGUGAGUCAUGGAAUUCUGAACAAAGUUUGUUGCUUCCCUGCUUCUAACUGACCGUUCUCCGUGCCGCGGAAGUGCAUGUGCUUCGUCGACGUGAUGUAAGCUUCGUGAUCGCACAUAUAUUUACAACACACUGCACCUUCUUACACUUUCUGCAGUCGAAAUAUUGAAGGUGCAAAAGGUGCAAUGAUAUAAAGCGCGAAAAUAAGAUACCACAUACGGAAAAUAUUCUUAUACCGGCUAACUACGGAAUAUAUAAGAAAAGCAAGCGAGUCAAGUGCUGUUGCGCAGUACUCCGUAUACGUAACUUGACGAUUGUACUUGACUGCUUUGUAACGUUGGUUUUCCAGCAAAAAUGAAAGGUUGGAUGAAACGCGAUGAGGAAGGCAAAAUAAUAAUAGAUACCAAUGGAUUUGUUACAAUUGCAUGUGAAGAUGAGAGUAUAGUGUUCCAACUACAUCUGUCAGAGAUUGAUGAAAAAGCGGAACAAAUGUGCUUCAAUGUUAAUGGCAAGGAUAUAUAUAUUGAUGUUUAUCCAUUGGAAGUGGUUGAUAAUGAUGUUGAAAAUGAGAGAAUAGAUAUUGAAGAAGAUAAAACCGUUGUACCAUCAACAAGUAAAAAUGGAAAUGCAAUUUUUCCAUGGUGUGACUCGUCAACAAAAAUCUUCUUGAAGGAAUAUAAACUUAAAAAAGAACUGGUAAAAAAUCGGAAACUAAAAAACAUGAAGAAUGCGUAUAUGGAGAUAUCUAAGAGUCUGCAAGAUAAUGGCUUUAAUGUAUCUCCCUUGCAAGUAGAAAAUAGAUUUAAAACACUCAAACGUGCUUAUAAAAAUAUGAUAUUACACAAUAGAAGAAAUGGGAGAGGAAAAUAUAUAUGCAGUUAUGAACAGGAUCUAGAUGAAAUUUUUUCGUACAAAAACUUUAUAGCUGAUCUGCAAGAUGCAGAAACAAAAGGAGAUGAAACAGAAUCAGAGUCUACAAGAAGUAGUAGAAUUACAAAUUCUGUUCUUAGCAAUGAACAUAGUCCUAGCAAGAACAGUGAACAUAUUGCCAGAUUAGAAGUUCAGCAUACAAAGUUACUUGAGAAUGUACAGAGUAAUCAGCGUGUAUUAAAGAAUUUAAUCACCAAAAUGGAGAACAAAACUAAAAAUUUCAAUGAUAUGCAAAAUAAGAUGUUACAAAUAUGUGUAGAGAUGCGUGAUAUGCAGAAAGAAGCAUAUGCGCGUGCGGAAGAACAGAGACAGAAAGCCAAUAUGCAGAGAGAAAUAAUGAAUAAUUUACUUGAUGAAAUGUUGACAGUUCUAAAGUCUAAAAAGGAAGCAUAAUACUAUAUUAAAUUGCAUGUAUUGUUCUCAGUUUUAAUAGUUACAAAGUAAUUAAAUUUAUUUAUUUUGUUAAAUACAGAGUCCAAUACCUCUUGCUGUACAUUUUGCAAUUUUAUUAGAAAGCUAAGUUUAUGUACAAAAGAAUAUCAAAAAAGUGAAAAGCUUUUUAAAGAAUUCAGAUUCCUUAAAUAUUCUUUUUACUUUUUGAUUUACUUUUAUACACAUAUUCUGACUUUUAUUCUAAGAUUAUAGGAUAAGAAUUGAGGAGGCUGGAUAUUCAGUUACAUAUAUCUGUAAUAUUUUUCAUAAGAAAUAAACACACGUAUUUAUGUGAAAAUAAUUUGAAGCUUAUUUU